AUGCAUCUUAGAGAGGAAAGGUUCCUGCAUGAACAUGCUUAUCAAUCUUCUGAUCGAUUUAUGCUGGUUGAUUUGGAAAGGAUUGCUAAGGAUACACAUGGCUAUGUUGGGGCUGACCUUGCUGCUUUAUGCACUAAAGCUGCUCUCCAGUGUAUCCGUGAAAAGAUGGACAUAAUUGAUCUAGAAGAUGAAUCAAUUGAUGCUGAGAUUCUCAAUUCUAUGUCUGUUACAAAUGAACACUUUAAGACUGCUUUGGGAUCUAGUAACCCAUCUGCCCUCCGUGAAACUGUUGUUGAAGUACCAAAUGUCAGCUGGGAUGAUAUUGGUGGGCUGGAAAAUGUCAAGAGGGAACUGCAAGAGGUAGUUUGCUGGAUAUGUUUGAGGUUUUAUGUCCACCAAGUGUGAUUUUUUCUU